GCGGCGCUCGGCUGUCUCCGGCCGCUCGGCUCGGCGCUCGAUUCGGGUCCGCGGCCGCUGCGGCGCCGGGCAUUUCUCCGCAGCUCGGCUUGCGGCCGCGCCCGCCCGGCCCGCGCCCAUGCAGGCCAUCAAGUGCGUGGUGGUCGGCGACGGCGCCGUGGGGAAGACCUGCUUGCUGAUCAGCUACACAACCAACGCCUUCCCUGGAGAGUACAUCCCCACCGUUUUUGACAACUAUUCUGCGAAUGUGAUGGUAGAUGGGAAGCCGGUCAACCUGGGACUGUGGGACACUGCCGGGCAGGAGGACUACGACCGGCUGCGGCCACUCUCCUACCCCCAAACUGACGUCUUUCUGAUCUGCUUCUCCCUGGUGAGCCCAGCCUCCUUUGAGAAUGUUCGAGCCAAGUGGUACCCAGAGGUUCGGCACCACUGCCCCCAUACACCCAUCCUCCUGGUGGGCACCAAGCUGGACCUUCGUGACGAUAAGGACACCAUUGAGCGGCUGCGGGACAAGAAGCUAGCACCCAUCACUUACCCCCAGGGCCUGGCCAUGGCCCGGGAGAUUGGCUCUGUCAAGUACCUGGAGUGCUCAGCUCUGACCCAGCGGGGCCUGAAGACAGUGUUUGACGAGGCUAUCCGUGCGGUGCUCUGCCCGCCUCCUGUGAAAAAGCCGGGGAAGAAGUGCACGGUCUUCUAGAGCCCCCACUUCUGGAGGAGCAGCCCCCGCCCCGCCUGUAUCUGUUGUGUUGAGAUGUCUGGUGUCCCUGGGUCUGCUGUAGGGGAGUGGUGUGGGUGGGGAGGGGGAAGAAGCAUGGGGUCGAGGCUGCUGCUCCCAGGGCGGUGCUGGGGCCACGGGGUCCUGUCCACUCAGCCUCCUUUUCCUGGGGGCGCAGCUCCAGCCUUCCCUGGCCCUCAAGGGAGGGAGUCCGGAAGGGAGCAGGGUCUCCCUCAGGCUGCAGGGGCGGGUCCAGGGCAGCCCCAGGAUGGGCUUCCCUGAUGGGGGAGUUUGGGGGGUGGGUUCUGUGCCUGUGCCCCAGGAUGGGGCAGCCCCUUCUUAUUUUAUACAAUAAACGUUCUUCAUCUCCUGCUUGUCUUGCUACCUGCCCUGUCCCUAUCUCACCCUGCCUGCUGCUCCACCCUGGGGGUGCUAGGCCCCCAACCCCCGCCCCCUCCCCCAGGCCAGAGGAGAGGAGAAAAAGCUUGCUAAGCUCUUUCAGUCUCCAAAGGAGGGACAGAGAUCGAGAUCAACGUGGGAGCAAGUGCACUUGGCCCCUUCUGGAUGAAGAAAGCCCCUCUCAUGCUGACUUUGGGCCUCUGAGAAGGCACAGCCAGGGGAGUGAGGGGCGUGCUGCUUAAGCAGCUCUUACUGUGGCACAGGACGGUCUGCAAGCCAGGCCCUGUGGGGCCCUAUGAGCCAAGGGCAAGGCCAGGGGACACUCAGCUGAGUGUUCAGGAAGACAGGCCAUCAGAAGGACGUCCAGGCUGAGGGACCCUGCAGCCGGGGAGGUAGGACAAGCAUGGUGUGGCGAGGACAAGAGUGGUGGCAGGCAGGCCAACAGCCUGGCAUUGCUGGGCAGACACGGGAGGUGAGGGGUAGGCCUGCCCUGGCGCUAGGACUUCACCCCUGAGGCCACAAGGCACUACUCCGGACAGACA